AUGGACUGGCACCCGCAGGAUGAGCCAUUGAGGCAGCUGGCCUGCUGUCUCCGUGACUCCUUGAACCCUUACGAUCGCAAUGCUCAAAAACAGGCCGAACAGAUGCUGGUACAAGCAACCUCCUCGCCCGAUUAUGUCAACUACAUUACCUACCUUUUCAGCACUCCGCAGGUCCCCUCGGUGGUGGGAUUCGACGACCAGACCUGGAGCAUGGUCCGUUUCGCCGCCGCGAUGAACCUGAAGACGAAAAUCCGCGUGGCCUACAACACCGUCGCUCAACCCUGCCUGGCCUACAUCCGGUCGGCCACCCUGGCCGGACUCCGCGACGAGAACUUUCAGGUGCGGAACUCCGCCGGAAGCAUUAUCACAGAGCUGGUCCAGCAAGCGGGUCUGCUGGCAUGGCCCGAGGUCCUCCACGAGCUACUCGCGCUCGUGGACAACUCCUCGAGGGAUACCCCGGCCCUGGCGCAGGAGGCGGCCAUGUCGGCGCUCGCCAAGGUCUGCGAGGACAACCGGAAGGUGCUCGAGCGCGAUUACCAGGGCCAGUGCCCUCUCGAUGUGAUUAUUCCGAAGCUGCUGGAGUUCACGUCGAACCCCAGUGCCAACGUCCGCGCUACCGCCCUCAAAACCAUCCACAUCUUCCUCCCGCACCGCCCCCAGGCCUUGGUGGCCUCGAUGGACCUGUUCUUGUCGCAGCUGUUCCAACUGGCCAACGAUUCGAGUACCGACGUCCGCCGCACGGUAUGCCUGACCUUCGCGCAACUCGUGGAUUUUGCCCCCGAGAAACUCGUCCCGCACAUGGAAGGGUUGGUCAACUACAUCAUCCUGCAACAGAACAACCAGGAGGAUCCUGAGCUCGCUCUCGACGCCGCCGAGUUCUGGCUCGUGGCGGGAGAGCAGGUGAAACUGCAGCAGGCGCUGGCUCCGCACAUGUCCAAGAUUGUCCCCGUCCUGCUUCAAAGCAUGGUCUACGACGAGGACGACGCCAUUCGUUUGGCUGGAGAGGGCGACGAUGCCGAGGUGGAGGACCGCGCAGAGGACCUGAGGCCGCAAUUUGCCAAAUCCAAGGGAUCCCGGUUAGACUCGUCGAAGCCCGACGGGCAAGCCAACGGCGACGCGGCCCCUGAGGAAGAUGACGACGACGAUCUCAGCGAGGGUGAGAUCGAGGACUCCGAGUUCGGCGACGACCCCGAGGACGAGUGGACUCUGCGCAAGUGCUCCGCGGCCGCUCUGGACGUUUUCUCCAACGUCUACCACCAGCCGAUCUUCGAGACCAUCCUGCCUUAUCUGAAGGAAACCCUGCGGCACGACCAGUGGCCGCAGCGAGAGGCUGCCGUCCUCACUCUGGGCGCGGUCGCCGAUGGAUGCAUGGAUGCCGUCACUCCCCACCUGCCCGAACUUGUUCCCUACCUUAUCUCGCUGCUGAACGACCAGCAGCCGGUUGUGCGACAGAUCACUUGCUGGUGCCUGGGCCGGUACUCCGAGUGGGCCUCGCAUCUGGCUAGCCCCACGGAGAGAGCCAACUUCUUCGAGCCGAUGAUGGAGGGCAUCCUGCGCCGGAUGCUGGAUAACAACAAGAAGGUGCAAGAAGCCGCGGCUUCCGCGUUCGCCAGCCUCGAGGAGAAGUCCGACGCCAACCUGAUCCCCUACUGCGAGCCGAUUCUUCGACAGUUCGUGCAGUGCUUCGGCAAGUACAAGGACCGCAACAUGUACAUCCUGUACGAUUGCGUCCAGACCCUGGCCGAGUGCGUUAUGGGCGAGCUGGCCAAGCCUAACUUAGUGGACAUCCUCAUGCCCGCUCUGAUCGAACGCUACAACAAGGUUUCGGACCAGUCCCGCGAGCUCUUCCCUCUGCUCGAGUGUCUGGGCUACAUUGCCGCAGCCUACGGUGACGCAUUCGCUCCUUUUGCGCCUCCGCUUUUCCAGCGGUGCACCAAGAUCAUCUUCGAGAACCUGCAGGAAUAUGUCGCCUCCGUCAACAACCAGGGGAUCGACGAGCCUGACAAGGACUUCUUGGUUACCAGCCUGGACCUGCUGAGUGCGAUCAUCCAGGCCAUCGACCCCCAGAAGAGCGGCGAGCUGGUGGGCAACUCCCAGCCUCGCUUCUUCGACCUGCUUUGCUUCUGCAUGGAGGACCCCAACUACGAAGUGCGUCAGUCUUCGUACGCUCUUCUGGGCGACUGUGCCAUCAACAUCUACCCUCAGCUGGAGCCUUUUAUUCCCAACAUCAUGCCCACCUUGAUCAAGCAGCUUGACUUGGACCUGAUCCGGGACGAUGAGCGGUACACGGGCUUCAGCGUGCUGAACAAUGCAUGCUGGUCGUGCGGAGAGAUUGCCGUCAACGAGAAGGCGGCGCUGUCCCCGUACCUGGACAAGCUCUACCAGGGCUUGGUUGUCAUCCUUAACAACGAAGAGAUCAUUGACUCCGUCAACGAGAACGCUGCGAUGGCCUUGGGCCGCCUGGGAAUCUGCUGCUCCGAUCAGCUGGCUCCUCGCCUCGGCGAGUAUGCCGGAGUUUUCUUGAAGUCGAUGAGCAAGAUCGAUUUCACUCGGGAGAAGGCAUCGGCCUUUUUGGGUUUCAACCAGGUGGUCAUGAAGAACCCCCAGGCGAUGGAAUCCAGCCUGGGUGACUACUUCCAGGCCAUUGCCUCGUUCCCGAGCAAGUCGCUCAACACCGAGGACUACCGUGACAUCCAGAGCUCAUUCCAGCAGGUGCUGCAAGGCUACAGAAAUAUGAUACCCAACUUCGAUUCCUUCCUCUCGCAACUUCCGCCCAACGUUGCUCAGAAACUCCGUUCUGUAUAUCAGGUUUAG